UGACUUCUCUUUUUUGGUUGACUCCUUCUCCGUUAUGCAGCCUUUCCAUUUCUUAUGAGGGUGAGGAGAUUUCAGAAUUCUUAAAAGUUAUCUUCUUUAGAAGAACAUUUCUAGGAAAAAAAUACAAGAAAAUUUAGGAAUCAUUGAAAGCAUAAAACCUUGAGACAGACAAGCCUAAGAUGGUGCUACUUGAAGACUCUGGAUCUGCGGACUUUAGAAGGUGUUUUGUCCGCUCGAGUCCAUUUGCUAUUGCUGUGGUUUUACUCCUCAGUGCCUGUUUUGUCACCAGUUCUCUUGGUGGAACAGAGAAGGAGCUGAGGCUAGUGGCUGGUGAACACAGGUGUACUGGGAGAGUGGAGGUGAAAGUCCAGGAGGAAUGGGGAACAGUGUGCAACAAAGGCUGGGACAUGGAUGAUGUCUCUGUGAUUUGUAGGCAACUAGGAUGUCCAACUGCUAUCAAAGCCACUGGAUGGGCUAAUUUCAGUGCAGGUUCUGGACGCGUUUGGAUGGAACAUGUUUCUUGUCGAGGGAAUGAAUCAGCUCUCUGGGACUGCAAACAUGAUGGAUGGGGAAAGAGCAACUGUACUCACCAACAAGAUGCUGGAGUUACCUGUUCAGAUGGAUCUGAUUUGACGAUGAGGCUGGCGAAUGGAGGAAACCGGUGUUUAGGAAGAAUAGAGGUCAAAUUCCAAGGACAGUGGGGAACAGUGUGUGAUGAUAACUUCAGCAUAGAUCAUGCUUCUGUGGUUUGUAAACAGCUUGAAUGUGGAAAUGCUGUCAGUUUCUCUGGUUCAUCUUCUUUUGGAGAAGGCUCUGGACCAAUCUGGUUUGAUGAUCUUGUAUGCCAUGGAAAUGAGUCAGCUCUCUGGAACUGCAAGCACGGAGGAUGGGGAAAGCAUAAUUGCGAUCAUGCUGAGGACGCUGGAGUGAUUUGCUUAGGGGGAGCAGAUCUGAGCCUAAGAUUGGCAGAUGGACCCACUGAAUGUUCAGGAAGAUUGGAAGUGAAAUUCCAAGGAGAAUGGGGGACGGUGUGUGAUGAUGGCUGGGACAGUAGUGAUGCCGCUGUGGUGUGUAAACAACUGGGAUGUCCGAUGGCCAUUGUCGGGACUGGCCGAGUUAAUGCCAGUGAGGGAUCUGGACCCAUUUGGCUUGAUAGUGUUUCCUGCCAGGGGCAUGAACCUACUGUCUGGCAGUGCAGACAUCGCGAAUGGGGAAAGCAUUACUGCAAUCAUAAUGAAGAUGCUGGUGUGACGUGUUCUGAUGGACAAGAUCUGGAGCUGAGACUUGUAGGUGGAGGCAGCCGCUGUGCUGGGACGGUGGAGGUGAAGAUUCAGAAAUUGUUAGGGAAGGCGUGUGACAAAAACUGGGGACUGAAAGAAGCCAAUGUGGUUUGCAGGCAGCUGGGGUGUGGAUCUGUGCUCAAAACAUCCUACCAAGCUUAUUCCAAAGUCAAGGCCACAAACACAUGGCUGUUUGUAAGCAGUUGUGAAGGAAAUGAAACUUCUCUGUGGGACUGCAAGAAUUGGCAAUGGGGUGGACUUGCCUGUCAUCCCCAUGAAGAAGUCAAAAUCACCUGCUCAGCCCACAGGGAACCCAGAUUGGUUGGAGGGGACAUUCCUUGCUCUGGUCGUGUGGAAGUGAAACAUGGAGACACGUGGGGCACCGUCUGUGAUUCGGACUUCUCUCUUGAAACUGCCAGUGUGCUAUGCAGGGAAUUACAGUGUGGCACAGCCGUCUCUAUCCUGGGGGGAGCUCACUUUGGAGAAGGAAAUGGACAGAUCUGGGCUGAAGAAUUUCAGUGUGCGGGUGACGAGUCCCAUCUCUCGCUCUGCCCAGUAGCACCCCGCCCAGACGGGACUUGUAGCCACAGCAGGGAUGUUGGAGUCAUCUGCUCAAGAUACACAGAAAUCCGCUUGGUAAAUGGCAAGACCUCAUGUGAGGGAAGAGUGGAGAUCAAGACGCUUGGCGUCUGGGGUUCCCUUUGCAACUCUCACUGGGACAUGGAAGAUGCCCAUGUCAUUUGCCAGCAGCUUAAAUGUGGAGUUGCCCUUUCUACCCCAGGAGGAGCACCUUUUGGGAAAAGAAGUAGUAAGGUCUGGAGUCACAUGUUCCACUGCACUGGGACUGAACAGCACUUGGGAGAUUGUCCAGUAACUGUUCUAGGGGCAUCGCUAUGUUCUGCAGAGCAAGUGGCCUCUGUAAUCUGCUCAGGAAACCAGACCCAGACAAUACCCCUGUGCAAUUCAUCUUCCUCGGAUCCAACAAGCUCUCCCGUUCCAGAAGAAAGUGCUGCUGCCUGCAUAGGGAGUGGUCAACUUCGCCUGGUCAAUGGUGGAGGUCGCUGUGCUGGGAGAGUGGAGGUCUACCACGAAGGCUCCUGGGGCACCAUCUGUGAUGACAGCUGGGACUUUAGUGAUGCUCAUGUGGUGUGCAGACAGCUGGGCUGUGGAGUGGCCGUUAAUGCCACUGGUUCUGCUUAUUUCGGAGAAGGAACAGGACCCAUCUGGCUGGAUGAGCUGGACUGCAGUGGAAAAGAAUCUCAUAUCUGGCAAUGCCGUUCACAUGGCUGGGGGCAGCACAAUUGUAGGCAUAAGGAAGAUGCAGGAGUUAUCUGUUCAGAGUUCAUGUCUCUGAGACUGACCAGUGAGACCAGCAGAAAGACCUGUGCGGGACGUCUGGAAGUUUUUUACAAUGGAGGUUGGGGCAGCAUUGGCAGGAGUGGCAUGUCUCCAACCACAGUGGGAGUGGUAUGCCGGCAACUGGGAUGUGCAGACAGAGGGAGCAUUGAUCCUGCACCUUCAGAUAAGACAUUGUCCAGGCCCAUGUGGGUGGACCAAGUUCAGUGUCCAAAAGGACCUGACACAUUAUGGCAGUGCCCAUCAUCUCCAUGGAAGCAGAGACUGGCCAGCCCCUCAGAGGAGACCUGGAUCACAUGUGCCAACAAGAUAAGACUUCAGGAAGGAACGACUAAUUGCUCUGGACGUGUGGAAGUCUGGUAUGGAGGUUCCUGGGGGACAGUGUGUGACGACUCCUGGGACCUGAAAGAUGCAGAGGUGGUGUGUCAACAGCUGGGCUGUGGCUCAGCUUUGGCUGCACUAAAAGAAGCAGAAUUUGGUCAGGGCACUGGGCCCAUCUGGCUCAAUGAAGUGAAGUGCAAAGGGAAUGAGUCUUCCUUGUGGGAUUGUCCUGCCAAACCCUGGGGGCACAGUGACUGUGGACACAAGGAGGAUGCUGGUGUGAGGUGCUCAGGAAUUGCAGUGACCAAACAAUCACCAAAUUCCACAGGUCACUCAUCCCUCAUUGCACUGGGGAUCCUGGGGGUCAUCCUCUUGGCCCUUCUCACUGCACUCCUCUUGUGGACUCAGAAGCGAAGACAGAGACAGCGACUUACAGUGUCAUCAAGAGGAGAAAAUUCUGUCCACGAAAUUCAAUACCGGGAGAUGAAUUCUUCCCUGAAGGCAGAUGACCUGGACUUUCUGAAUUCCUCAGAAGAUCCCCAUGAGUCAGAUGGUUUUAAUGCUGCUGGACUAAUUUCUGUGUCUAAAUCUCUUCAUAUUUCUGAAAUGAAAAAGGGGGCCAUCCUGAGGCACACUGAAAAGGAAAAUGGGAAUUUAUAACCCAGCGAGUUCAGCCUUUAAGAUACCUUGGUGAAGACCUGGACUGUUGAAUGGAGCAAGAAUCCACCUAGUUCACUGAAGAUUACAGCUGUGUUGCCAUGGAGCCCUUUGUCUCCUAGUAUGCCAAAGACUGCUGCUGAAUUUCAAAACAUUGGUGAAUGUCACUACUUAAUGUUGUAUAUGUCUUUCAAGGGGAUUAAAUAAAAAAAGAAUAUUGCUGGUUUGAGUUUACCCUAAAAGAUUGCUCUUGAUUUUAUGAAUGUCUGAAUGGGCAUUCCAAUGUUUUUAAGGUAUCAUCAAAGACAAUGUUUUCAUUUGUGUAAAAUAAGUUUUGUUUUGUCUAAAAUCAUAAUUUUUAUUAUCAAAUCGAAAUGGAUUUCUUUUUCUUUUUUUUAAAAAAGGGAUAGUGAACGAUUAUGGGAGGCUCUGUUAAUAAUAUAUGAUUAACUCUACAAGACAUAACUCUUAUCGACUCUUGAACUGCUUUUUCACACUGUAAUUCUAGUCGCUGACAUAAAAUGCCCAGCAAUAUUUGGUAAGGAUGCAAAUAGCUCAAUUCCUCAUUUCUUGAGACAGCAUAAUUGAAACCGAAAUGAAUAUAUCAAUGAUGUCUUUUCUAUAUAAAUGCAACUGCUAUAUUGAAAGUCCAUAUUUUUACAAAAAAUCCAUUACCCAUUUACAUUAACAUAAAGGGAAAACAGCAUCAAAAAAAUAUUUAAAGUAAUUCAAUACCAAGCUUCAAUUAGAGUCUACUAAAUAAUUAAAUAUCCUAAAUCUUACAUGCAGACUGAUUUUUAAUCCUUUCUCAGUACCCAGGUAUUACAUAUGCUUUCCUCUAGCAUUCCAACUAUCUUGUGGAAACAUGCCAUUGAGUCACUUCCCAUUUCUUUUCCACCUCUUAUCAAUUUCAGAUAUGUAUUUGGCAUAAAUUACCUAAAAUUUUUUAUUUAUUUACUCACUUAUUCAGCAAAAUUUAUUGAGCACUUGUAUUUGUCAGGUAUUGUGUUACACUUGCGUAUAAAAAGAUAAGAAAUUAUCCCUUACCUUAAAGAUAUCACAGCCUACUCAGAGAAGAAGAAUUUACAUUAUAAGUAUUAAGUAAUACAUUAAAUUUAGUAAUAAAUAUAGUACAGGGCAUUAUGACAGCAUGGGGGAAGUAUAUUCAAUCCUAUGGGGCUGGGAGUCGAUGGACACCAGAAAAACAUACUUCUAGGAAAAUUUGAUGGUAUCCUGUCUAACCUACACAACUCACCACUCAAAUGCAUUUAAUGGUAAAAGGAAGGAGUUGAGAAUUUGAGGCAGAAGAAAGGAAUUCUAUAACAUAUGAGAAAUUCAGUGUACGUGUGUGUUGAGAGUUGAGGACAAACACUAAGGUGAUGCUAUUGGGUAUAAAUCAAUUUCAUAUUCCUUGAUCUUGAAGGAUGAGACAGGAAUGAUGGACAUCUCUGUAUGACUGAACUUUAUUCUACAGGCAAUUUGGAUACAAUGAAGAAUGCAAUAUGAUUGACAUGCAUUUUAUAUAGUUCUCUAUGAUGACUAUAUGGAGGAUAUGUUUCCAAGAACACAACUGUCCUUUUGGAGACAAAUUAGGAGAUUACCACAGUUAUUAUGUACAUUGAUGAAAAAAAUCAGAAUUUCAUUUUCUAUUAUUGAAAUAUAUGUGCUUUUAGAAAUAGAUAUUUGGGAUUUUCUGUGCUUUCUCGUGCUCCAGGUAUUAACGUCUUAAUUUUUUUCACUUCUCUUAACUAAACUACUUCCAUUGGAUCAAUUAAAAGUACAUUAGCUCUGUUUUCCUUAAAUAAAAACUUUCCCCUAAAAAUGUUAACUAGAAUAAACAACUCAUGCAUUAUAGAAAAUGUAGCUUGCCACAUUAUCUAAAUUAUGACCAAGGCAGGCAUGAAUUCUUCCUGACACAU